UCGUUUUUGCUGCUUCUCGCCCGUGACCUCUGCGCCAUGUCCGCCGCCAGCCCCGAGCCGUCCGCACCGAUACCGACAUCACCGGGACGUGUGUUCUUUCAAACGGCACCCGGUGUGGGCUGUGUCGGCAACGGCCCGGUGCCGCGGGACGACCCUGUGCAGAAGAAGCAGGGAAAAGUCACGGUGAAGUACGAUAGGAAAGAGCUGCGGAAGAGACUCGUGCUGGAAGAGUGGAUCAUAGAGCAGCUGAGCGAGCUGUACGACUGCGAGGAAGAGGAAAUGCCUGAGGUCGAGAUCGACAUCGAUGAUCUUCUGGAGGUGAACAGCGAAGACGAGAGAGCUGUAAAAUUACAGGAAUCUCUCACAGACUGCUUUAAGCCUACUGAUGCUUUUGUACAGGAGCUCCUCAGAAGGAUAAGAGGAAUGAGGAAACUCGGUGCUCCGCAGAAGAAAAGCCUUUAAAUGCUCAGCAAAUGGCAACGACAAUCCAGCUGCAGUGACUCGAAAUCCAUCAACCAGCCCACACUCGGUUCACCCUAACCAGCUCAUCAUAUUCUGGACUACAAAUCGCAGACAGGACUCAAAUAUGUGCGCCCAAAAUUGAUAGUUGUAGCCUUUACUUAGCACAGCCUAGCACAAACCUUAUAGGUUUUUAAAAAGCUUAUAAUGUGAUUUACAAGACAAAAGGUUUGGUUUUUUGUGUGUUUGUUGUUUUUUUUUUCCCUCCUAUACAGUGCAGUUCAUUUGUUAUGUCUGUAAUCUUAUUGUAAGACUGACUGGUCUAAUGUUUUUUUUUUUUUGUUUUGUUUUUUUAAAUAGAUAAAUUGUAUGUCGGUGCUUUUUAAAGGUCAAGGGUUUGGAGUCAUCGUUUUUGGGUUAGCUGUUUAGUUUGAGCAUUUUGAUUCGUCUUCCCGACAAUCAGCUAAAGACCCGUGACCUGAAACAGUAUAUAAAGGCAAUUUUCUAGCUCAGUUUAGAUGUAAAAAGCAAAAACCAACAAAAAAAACAAAACAAAGAUGCAGCCUGUUUUAUGGCUGACGUGUAGCUACUGUAUAUCGAGUGCUAUAGAGCCAUUUCAGUUCGCUUUGUUUGGAUGUUUUAAUCGUUGUAUGUAAAUACAUUUUAACCUACACUCCGUUUUAUUUCUCCUUCAGUUUUGUAUGUAGUUCGCCAAAGAUUGCAAAAUGGUGGGCUUUGUAGGAAGAGCUGUGCCUGUAAGGUCAUCGCUGCACUCGUCUUCGCCUCACAAAUGUCAAUCUCCCGCUGAGACGUUAUACAAAUUGUCCAGGAACACGGAAAAGCAACGACGGUGCUGUUAAUGUUCGCUUUUUAAUUCUUUAAAAGCAAUGGUGUGUGUGUUAGGUUUUCCAUACUCGGAUUUUCUACUCCGUGAUCUUGUGUUAAGCUCCUCACGUUCGUUUUCUCAUCACUGUAUGAGCAAGAUGUCAGUUAUAUUUUUUUAGUGUUGUCUGUUUCAUUAAAGGAAACUUCUUUCUUUUUGACGUAUGAGACCGAGCAUCUUGGUGGAUUUGGACAGGUUCCUUUUUGUGAUCCUGUUUGCUUAUAAGGUGAAUAAUUAAAGCUCUCGUGUGCGUGUGUGUGUUUUAGAUACUCGAGAAUUCUUCAGGGUUUUUCAGGGCUUUGGCUUUGCUUAUUAUUCUGUAACCAUUAGAAGAAAUGACACUUUUUACUUUUGCAUGUGUUUCAUUGGCAUGAAGGGAACUUUUUAGAUCGACACUUGUAUCAUUUAUUAUUAUUAUUAUUAUUUUUUGUAUACUUUAUUGAUAUUACUGUUUGAUGCUCCAAGGUUUUUAUUAACUGUAUAUGAGUUCUAUAUGUUUAUUAUGUUGUGUGUAGUGUUUUGCAUUGUUUAAUUAUAAUAAAU